GUGUAAGGACUAACAGACCUUUGCUUAAAAGUGCAGCAAGAAGAGCCUUUUCACCUAUUUGGUCUGCACAAAGGCAUCCAAUAUAUCAAUUAAUUGAAAUUUCAGAUGAAGUGCAAACUCAUCCUGAACCAAUUGCAGAAUGUCAAAGAUUUCAAGCUCAUUUAAGAAAUCUUAAUUUUAUUAAUCCAGCAGAAACAAGGGCUAUUCAUAAAAGUUUAGGUGAAGAAUAUGAGUUAAAUGAUCAAUUAAAAGAUUUUAGUUAUAUAGCAAAAAAAAAACAACAAGAAUAUAUUAUGGAAGUAUUUUAUAAGAAAAAUAAAGCUCCUUUAUUUAGGCCAAUUCCAAUAACUAAAGAAGAAUCUAUUGCACAAAAUAAAGAAGAAAAUCUGUCAAAAAAAGAAAUAUUACUCAAGAUAGAAACUCUCCUUGAACAAAUGAACAAAAAUAUUCAAAAAAAUUAUCAUGCAAUAAAGUCAAAAAAUCGAAGUGAAUUAUUAAUUAUAUUACAAGAGGUAACUAAUUUGUUUAAUACAGAUAAUGAACUUGAUAAACAUGAUGAUUUAGGAUAUCCAGGAAUUACACAGCAAGAAUUUUAG